GCUCUUUCUCUCUCAUCAUCCCUACAUCUUCUAACAUGAUUACAAAAUAACAGCUAGAGAGAUAUUAUAAAAAGUAGAGAGAAGCUCAAUAUUUUAUUUCAUCUUCAUUUAUAAAUGUCAUCAACGCUUUGUUAACCUCUCAUCUACCAAAAAUUCAUGCCAAUUUCACUACUAUUUACUUCCCAAUUCUGCUGGCUUUCGCCGGGAAGUUAAUCCGUCGCCGGAGGAGCAAUGAACGCCGUACACAACAGCGUUGAAACUGUUAACGCCGCAGCUACCGCCAUAGUCUCUGCUGAGAGCCGUGUUCAGCCGAUAGCAGUUCGUAGGAAAAGAUGGGGAAUUCGCUGGAAUUUAUACUGGUGUUUUGGAUCUCACAAACAGACGAAGAAAAUAAGCCACUCUGUUCUAGUUCCAGAGACAGUUGUGGCCGGAGUUCCUCCAGUAACUAGUUUCAAUACUGAAAACAUGGUUCGCCCAAUUAACACAGUUCUAUUACCUUUCAUUGCUCCUCCUUCUUCCCCUGCUUCGUUUCUCCAGUCAGAUCCUCCAUCUUCCACUCAAUCACCAUCUUCUGGGCUUCUCUCCCUUUCAACAGCAGCAGCAGCGAAUGCUUACUCCUCCUCUUCCAAUUCAGCCACAGUUUUUGCAAUUGGACCUUAUGCUCACGAAACCCAACUUGUUUCACCCCCAGUUUUUUCCACCUUCACUACAGAACCAUCGACAGCCUCUUUCACUCCCCCAACUGAACCAGUUCAAUUCCCAACCACAACACCUUCUUCUCCAGAAGUUCCUUUUGCUCAACUUUUGGCAUCAUCACUAGGCCGAGCUAGAAGGAACAACGGAGGAGGUCAGCAAAAGUUCCUGUUGUCACAGUAUGAAUACCAACCGUAUCCACUUCAUCAAGGAAGCAACCUGGUAUCCCCUGGUUCAGGUGUAUCAUCACCUUUCCUCCCAGGGAAAUCAUCCAUUGGAGGGGAAGUACCGAAGCUCCUCAACUUUGAUUAUUUUGGAACUGGAAAAUGGGGUUCGAGAUUAGGAUCAGGCUGCUUGACACCAGAUGGCACUGAACCUGUCUCUCGAGACAGUUACAUCCAUGUAAACCAAAUGUCGGAGGUGGCAUCACUUGGAGAUGAUCAGGAGAUAGUUGAUCAUAGAGUUUCCUUUGAAUUGAUUGGUCAGGAGGUUUCUUUAGCAGCAAAAGUUUCGGAAUCUUUACAAGACGUUGGGUUGUGUAAUGAAACACGAAAGAAGGCUGCUGCAGCUGCUUCUGUUAUGGAAGAAGGAGAUCAAGAGCAGUGCCCACUGAAGCAAAGAUCGGUCUCAAUGGGGUCUGUGAAAGAGUUCAAUUUCGAUAACAGAAAGGAGGAGGAAGUGUCGAAUAAGACAACACUGAAUACUACGAAAUGGUGGGUUAAUAAUGAUGGGGAUGAGGAGAAGGAGGUUAAGAAUAAAUGGGCAUUCUUCUCAAUGGUUCAAUCAGGAGCCAGCUAGUGUGGUAAUAAUAUUAUUGGGGUUCAAAAUGGUGAGGAUUUUUAGUUUGAGCAUUCUUUUCUUUCAUGACCAAUUUAUUUGAUUAUUAUAUAUAUAUAUAUUAUUUCCCCCUUUCAUCAGUACACUCUAGAAAGCUAGAAAGUGAGCUUCUUUUUGGUUAUUAAAUCAAAAUAUCCAUACAUCAGUGUAAAUGUAUACUAGAUAUUGUAUUUGUGGUGGUUUCCCUGCUUUUCUUUUUCAUGUAAUAAUAUAGAGAUUACCAAAUACAUUAGA